UUCACCAUCAACACUAAUUACUCUCCUUCUUCUUUAUCAUGUUUUUCUUCUUAUUACCAUCUCUCUAUUAUAUACUCUUCCAGGUCGAAUCUUGAUCACACAAACCCCAAAAGACAAGUUUUUGUCUUUUUUCAUUUGUUAAAAGAGGUUAUUUGUCUAGUUUGUGUUUAAGUCUUCGAUUGAGUACUCGGGGUAGGGUUGGAUCGGAAUCGGAUCAUUGAUUUGGACCACCUGGCGACAUUAACAAGAGAAAAGUGUUCGGCUUUGGCACGGUCUUGCUACGUACCGUCAACCACUACUUGUUCUGACGACAUUAUUGGUAAAUCGAACACGAAAGUCGAAGAUGGUCUUGGCUUCCGAGGAGGAGCAGGAAGACGACGGUGGCGGAAGCAUCAGCCGUCUAAAAGACACGGCGGCAGAAGCUGCACUGCCGUAUCCAGCGAGCCUUGCCGUCUCAAAAGCAACCUCAAGAUCAAGACGGAAGUCGAUAAAGGAUUGGAACAGAGGAAAGUAAGCUGGCCAGAUGCUCAUGGCCAAGAUAUUGCUCAUGUUCAAGAGUUUGAGCUUAGCGCGUCGGAGGAUGGAGAGCAUGCAGGACAUUCUAAAAGGAAAUAUUGUGGUGCCUGUAUAAUCCAAUGACAUAGUUUUCUUUUUCUUCUUUUUCUUACCACUGUGUCUGAAAUGAGUUGAAUCUAGUAGCCAGUUUUUCGUAAAUCCAGUA